AUGGACAAAUUUGUGAUAAGAAAAAAGGCACGAGCACAAGGUGGCCCUAGUAAAAAAGGACCUAAUUUUUGCAAUGCCACUUCUCAAAAUGAAGAGCAAGUUGAUUUGCAAAAUCUACCUGCUAAUCCGGGAGAAAGGAAGCGAAUUUCAGAUCAUCCAUCUAAGACACAGAAAGCGGUGAAGCAAAAGAAUCUUCAAAUGCUUGCCCCUAGUAUUCAAAAAGAUAUCGUAAAAGCAUGUGUUGUUGAAACAAUAAAAUUUAAUAUUGAAGAACUUGGGGAUGACAUGUUUGGUAUUUUAGUUGAUGAAUCUAGUGAUGUUUCCACUAAAGAACAACUGGCGGUUGUGUUACACUUUGUUAAUGAUUGGGGUUUUCUUAUAGCGAGGUUUCUUGGGGUUGUCCAUGUUGCCAAUACAUGUUCUAUAUCUCUGAAAUCUGUUGUUGAAUCUUUAUUGUUGGAACAUGGCAUGAGUUUGUCAAUGAUACGUGGACAAGGUUAUGAUGGAGCAAGCAACAUGCAUGGUGAACAUGGUGGCCUUAAAUCACUUAUUUUGAAAGAAAAUAAAUCGUCUCAUUAUGUCCAUUGUUUUGCUCACCAAUUGCAAUUAGCACUUUUAGGAACUGCAAAGAAUCAUGUUGAUGUUAUUUGGUUCUUUGAUGUUGUUUUCGAUAUAAUUAAUAUCAAAACUGGAAAACGGCCAAAUCAACAACUUGGACUCAAGAGACUAGGUGAUACAAGAUGGGGAUCUCAUUAUAGAUCAUUGUUGAACAUGGUCGAGAUGUAUCUAGAUCUGAUUGAGGUGCUUCAUUUCAUUUUCAUUGAUGCUUCGUUUUCAGGUCAUAGGAAGAAUGCACGUGGAAUAAUGACUUCAUUAUGUUCAUUUGACUUUGCUUUUAUCUUGCAUUUAAUGAUAGAUAUUUUGGGAAUCACAAAUGAUUUGUCAUUAGCUUUGCAAAGAGAGUAUCAAGAUAUUGUCAAUGCGAUGCACUUGUUGGAAACAUCAAAGAAGCGCCUCCAAUUGUUGAGAGAUGAUGAAUUUGAAGAGUUACUCGAGAAGUUAUAUCAAUAUUGUUAUGAUCAUGAUAUUGACAUACCGAAAAUGGAUGAUAUUUAUGUGACUCCGGGAAGAUCAAAGCGAAGAGCUCCACAAAUCAAUUUUGCACAUCAUUAUCGUGUCGAGAUGUUUUAUGCUAUUAUUAAUCUGCAGCUUCAAGAUCUAAAUAAUCGUGUCAAUGAAAUUAAUACAAAGUUGCUUAUUUGUGUUGCUUGCUUGAGUCCUAAGGACACAUUUCAUGCUUUUGAUAUGAUAAAAUUAGUAAGAAUGGCAGAGUUUUAUCCAUAUAAGUUUGAUUCAGGGGAUGCUGGAGCACUUUCUUCCGAGUUGAGAAACUAUAUCACUAAUGUGCGACAACGUGAUGGGUUUCAAGGUCUUUGGGGAUAUUGA